UUGGCGCCCGGCCGCUCCCCCAGCAUGGCGUGGGGGCUUCCCAGUGCCGCCAGCCUGGCCCGUCUCUGCCAGAAGCUCAACCGCCUGAAGCCCCUGGAAGAUGCCAUGAUGGAGACGUCCCUGAGGCGCUGCCUGUCCACCCUGGACUUGGCGCUGCUGGGCAUCGGGGGCAUGGUGGGCUCGGGCCUCUACGUGCUCACGGGCACGGUGGCCAAGGAGAUGGCGGGCCCGGCGGUGCUCGUGUCCUUCGCUGUGGCCGCCGUGGCCUCGCUGCUGGCCGCCCUGUGCUACGCGGAGUUCGGGGCCCGGGUUCCGCGCACGGGCUCGGCCUACAUGUUCACGUACGUGUCCAUGGGCGAGCUCUGGGCCUUCCUCAUCGGCUGGAACGUCCUCCUGGAGUACAUGAUCGGGGGCGCCGCCGUGGCCCGCGCCUGGAGCGGCUACCUGGAUUCCAUCUUCAGUCACCACAUCCGGAACUUCACGGAGACCCACGUGGGCGUGUGGCGGGUGCCCUUCCUCGCCCGCUACCCGGACUUCCUGGCGGCGGGCAUCCUGCUGAUCGCGGCCGCCUUUGUUUCCUGCGGGGCCCGCGUCUCCUCCUGGCUCAACCACAUCUUCUCUGCCCUCAGCCUGGGUGUCAUCGUCUUCAUCGUCGUCCUGGGCUUCGUCCUGGCGCAGCCCAAGAACUGGGGCGCCCAGGAGGGCGGCUUCGCCCCCUUCGGCUUCUCGGGCAUCCUGGCGGGCACGGCCACCUGCUUCUACGCCUUCGUGGGCUUCGACGUCAUCGCUGCCUCCAGCGAAGAGGCCAGGAACCCCAAGCGGGCAGUGCCCGUGGCCAUCGCCAUCUCCCUGAGCCUGGUGGCCGGGGCCUACAUCCUGGUGUCCAUGGUCCUGACCCUCAUGGUGCCCUGGUACAGCCUGGACCCGGAGUCGGCGCUGGCCGAUGCUUUCUACCGGCGUGGCUACGGCUGGGCCGGCUUCAUUGUGGCUGCGGGAUCCAUCUGCGCCAUGAACACCGUCCUGCUCAGUAAUCUCUUCUCCCUGCCGAGAAUCGUCUACGCCAUGGCUACCGACGGACUCUUCUUCCAGGCGUUUGCCCACGUGCACCCCAAGACCCAGGUGCCGGUCGUGGCCAUCGUGGUGUUUGGAGGCCUCAUGGCGCUGCUGGCCUUGGUCUUAGACCUGGAGGCCCUGGUCCAGUUCCUGUCCAUUGGGACGCUGCUGGCCUACACUUUUGUGGCAGCCAGUAUCAUCGUCCUGCGCUUCCAGAGAGCCCCGGCCCCCAGCUCGCCGCCGGCCCCAGCCAGUCCAGAACCACCCUCCAAGGAGUAUGAGUCCUUCUGUGACCGGCUGCAGCUGGUGGGGGCCACCCAGGCCGAGGCCCCCGAGCCGGGCCAGCUCAAGCUGGCCUGGCGGCCUUACCUGCCCUUUCUGGGCACCCGCUGCAGCCCAGGGGCUGCUGUGACCUGGGCCCUGGCGGGGCUCAUGGUGUCUGCCAUUGGCCUCAGCUGCGUGCUCAUCUUUGGAGAUUCCCCCCUGCAUCUGCCCCGCUGGUGCACCGCCUUCCUGCUGGUUCUCUGCAGCCUGGCCUUCCUGUUCAGCCUGUUCCUCCUCAGUGCCCAUCAGCAGCAGCCAAGCCAGGACACUUUCCAGAUCCCUUGGGUGCCCCUGACUCCGGCCCUCAGCAUCCUUCUGAACAUCUGUCUCAUGCUGAAGCUGAGUUAUAUGACCUGGCUGCGCUUUGCCAUCUGGUUGCUAGUAGGGCUUGGGGUCUACUUUGGCUAUGGAAUCAGACACAGUAAGGAGAACAUCCAGGACCCUCCGGGGUCGGGCAGCACCCGCUACGUGGUGUUUCCCAGUGGGAGCCUGGAGGAGACGGUGGAGACGGUGCAGCCCCCGGGCCAGGCCCCCCAGGGGCCUCCCACGAGCACAGACAGCCCGGGGAGCAGCGGCUAA